AUGACCAAUACAACUGAAAAUUUCCCCCCGAAAUACUCCCGCGAAUUCUUAAUUAAGUCCGGCGUUGCAGGUGGAUUCGCAGGUUGCAUUGCAAAAACCGUAAUUGCACCUUUGGAUCGAGUGAAGAUUCUCUACCAAACCAAUCAUGAAGCAUAUCGUGACUAUGCCUUCUCUCGCCAUGGUUUAACUAAUUCCAUAAAGCGUAUCUACCGUAUAAGCGGUGUUCGAGGGUUGUUCCAAGGGCAUACAGCCACUCUUUAUCGUGUUUUUCCUUACGCUGGUAUAAAGUUUGUUGCUUAUGAACAGGUCCGUAGAAUGCUUAUACGCUCAGAAGAAUUUGAAACAAGUAGUCGGAGAUUUCUUUCGGGGUCUUUAGCUGGUAUUUGUUCUGUCUUUUUCACUUAUCCACUUGAAUUAAUUCGGGUUCGGCUUGCGUAUAUAACGGGAUCAAACAAUAAGCCAAGACUUUGGAACGUUACAAGCCAAGUUUUGCACGAACGUGAUUUUGGCAAUUCAAAAGAAAGCCCUUUUUUUACUUCGAUUAGGAGACUCUCAAAUUUCUACCGCGGUUUUUCUGUAACCUUAAUGGGGAUAUUCCCCUACGCUGGAAUGUCUUUCUUAGCUCAUGAUCUUGCUACAGACUUUUUCCAUAAUCCUAUCGUGAAAAGGGCACUUCAUUCUGAAAAGGAUGAACGGCAUUUGAAUACGUGGUCUCAACUCACAGCCGGUGCUCUGGCCGGGGUGUGCGGACAAACGAUUUCGUAUCCUUUUGAGGUAUGUAGAAGAAAAAUGCAAGUAGGUGGUGUUAAAAGUCGUUCUCGGUUCCUAAAAUUUCAAAACGUUGUUAAAUCAACAUAUAGAGACGCUGGAUUGAGAGGCUUUUAUGUUGGUCUAACAAUCGGAUAUUUAAAAAUGAUCCCAAUGGUCAGUACGAGUUUUUUUAUCUAUACUCGGAGCAAAUCAUACUUGGGUAUCAACUAG